CCCUCAUGCUUGAAAAGUUUUCUUAGGUGUCAGAGCACCAAAACCCAAGAAUCUCUCUCUCCUCAGAAGAUGUAGAGAGAGAGAGUUGUUUAUAUGUUGGAAAUGCAAAGGCAGCGAGUCAAGUGAACAACUUAGCUGGGCAGGCAGUGGCAGCAGAAGACUCUUACAUCUUUGAUGGUUGCUUCUGUUUUGUAAGGACAUGAAGGGAGUAGGAGAAGAAGACUAUAAUCCUAAUCCACCACAACUCCCAUGGACAAAACAGAAGAAUGUGAAAUCCCACUACACAACAACAAGAAGACACCCAGUCCAAUGCAACCAAACACAAACUUCUGAUACUGUUUUUGUACCAAACACAAGACAGAGUCAACCUACUCCACCACUCGAACCCAAACAUUCCUCUAAACUGGCUCUUCCUACUUACUCUCACACCUCCAACUCCUUCUCAUUCGUCUCCAUGCUUCUUGUUCUCUUACUUCUUGUUGCUUCUUCUUCUCUCUUUAGUCCUGCAUUGUCCCACCCAGUUGUCUCGGAUUCUGGCCUACGCCGCCCCUCCCCGGCCAAUCAGACUUUUCGGACCGGCUCUAUCAACAAGUUGAGCGGGGUCCAAGUCCAAUCAUAUUUAAGGAAGAUCAACAAGCCUGCUGUCAAGACUAUUCAGAGUCCAGAUGGUGAUGUGAUAGAUUGUGUUUUAUCUCAUCUCCAACCAGCUUUUGAUCAUCCUGAGCUCAAAGGAAAGAAGCCAUUGGAGGAACCAGACAGGCCCAAAAGCUAUAACAGCACAGAUAAAGUGGGAGAGAGCUAUCAGCUAUGGGCAGACUCUGGUGAAUCAUGUCCACAAGGAACAGUUCCGAUCCGGCGGACCGGAGAGAAAGACAUUUUACGAGCAAGCUCCUUCCAAAGAUUCGGAAGAAAGCCGACAAGACAUGUGAGGAGAGACUCCUCAGGCAGUGGCCAUGAGCAUGCGGUUGUGUUUGUUAAUGGGGAUCAAUACUAUGGAGCAAAGGCUAGCAUCAAUGUGUGGGCGCCACGUGUCACUGACCAGUAUGAAUUUAGCUUAUCACAGAUUUGGGUCAUCUCUGGUUCUUUUGGCAAUGAUUUAAACACCAUUGAAGCUGGAUGGCAGGUCAGUCCAGAGUUAUAUGGAGAUAACUAUCCAAGAUUCUUUACAUACUGGACAACAGAUGCAUAUCAAACAACUGGAUGCUACAACUUGCUUUGCUCAGGAUUUGUCCAAACAAAUAACAAGAUUGCAAUUGGAGCAGCAAUCUCCCCAAGGUCCUCUUAUGGUAGCAGACAAUUUGACAUUGGUUUGAUGGUUUGGAAGGAUCCAAAGCAUGGACACUGGUGGCUAGAGUUUGGAAAUGGGCUCCUAGUCGGAUACUGGCCAGCAUUCUUGUUCAGUCACCUGAGGAGCCAUGCAAGCAUGGUGCAAUUUGGGGGUGAAAUUGUAAAUAGCAGAUCUAGAGGAUACCACACAUCUACACAAAUGGGGAGUGGACAAUUUGCAGAAGCAGGGUCUGGAAAAGCAUCUUAUUUCAGAAACUUGCAGGUUGUAGAUUGGGAUAACAAUUUGCUCCCACUUACAAAUCUCCACCUCCUGGCUGAUCACCCUAAUUGUUAUGACAUAAGACAGGGAAGAAAUAAUGUGUGGGGAACUUACUUUUACUAUGGUGGUCCUGGAAGAAAUGUGAGGUGUCCAUGAAUAUAAUAACAGCAUAGUAAUUUUUGUUUAUUUAUCUUAUUUUUUGUGUUUAGGUAUUGGUUAUUUUUUCUUUCUAGUUCAUAAUAGGGGGAGAUUUUUGUGUUUGGACGUCUGUAUAGGGCACCAGACAGAAGGGGUUGGGUAGGACCAAAAUAUAAGGAGUGUGGGGUGCUUUGUGUGUGUAGUUUGGCCGUUUGCACCUAAGAAUUUAUCCAGAACAGGGUUUUUGUUGUAUUUUCCAGUUUUCUUAUAAAAAAAAGUGUUGAUAGUUUUGUAUUGGCUCCA